AUGACGCGUUCCGCGCCUUCCGUGCGUCGCGCACAUAUAAACGACCGUCGCGCACACCGCGUUCGUCGCGUAAACACGCGAGCUCCCGCGCUCGACGUCGCUUCACAAAACGUUUCUUCGAACGAAGACCAGCCGUCUGGUCAAACCUCUCGAGCGGCCGACGACGAGGACGACGCCGACGCGCGCAAGCGCGCCGCGCUCGCGGUGAAGACCCCGCACAGUGGGUAUCAUCGACAGGUCGGGACUUCGAGGGCGUUCUUCGAGGGGUGGUACUUUCGAUUCACGCUGCCGCGUUCAGCACAGAGCGCGAGUCUGAUAUAUCACGUGUACGAUCCGGACGUCGAGACGAGCGCGCGAGCCGGCGCUGGGGCGCAGGUCUGCGCGCCGGGAGGAAAGUAUCUGUACAGCGAGACGAGCGCGGGGAGUGGGUCGUUUGAGGGUGCGUCACAUGCGUUGGAAUUGGGUAUGACGCGAGGCGACGAUUUUUUCGAAGUAUCGAGCGAAGGGACGCGACAUCGAGGCUCGCUCACGAGCGCGGGCGAGCGCGAGGACGGGCCGUGGGGCGCAGGGCGAGCGGCGAGGAGCGUGAAGUGGGACAUCGCGGUCACGCCCCUCAGGGGAUGGGGCGGCGGCCCGGGAGCAAGGAUGCAGUCUCCGGCGGGUUGGUUGACGGCGCUGCCGGUGUUUGAGCCACACUGGCAGGUGACGAUGGCGCACGGUUUGGCGAGUGGGUGGAUCGAGACCGACGGUGAGCGCGUCGAGUUUAGCGAUUGUCCGGCGUAUAGCGAGAAAAACUGGGGCGGCGCCGGGUUCCCGUUGAAAUGGUUUUGGGCGCAGUGCAAUUCGUUUCCGGAUUAUCCGGAUCUCAGCGUCACAGUGACCGGAGGUAAUCGCGGUGUCGUCGUUCUUCCAAACGUCCGCGAAGACGUAGGACUCAUUGGUAUUCACUUUGGUGAUCGUUUCUUUCAGUUUACUCCCGCAGUACAGGUGGAGAUAGCCGCGGAUGCUAAGUACGGCGCCGGGCAGGCACUCGAAGCCGCCGCCGUGCGAUGGGACGUGGAGUGGGGUAGAUGGAGCGUCUCCGCCGUCGGAAAGCGAUACGAGUGCUCCAUCGAGGGCACGUGCGCGGACGGCGACAAGUCUACCGUCAUUCGCGCGCCCACGGAUAGCCUCGAGGAUGGCAUGGCUCCACUCUGCCGCGAGACGUUCACCGGCGUCAUUGUUGUCUCUCUCUGGCGUCUCGACGACCGUGGCGCGCGCGUUGAGACUAUCAUCGACGCCGCAAUGAGCUCGACCGCGUGCCUCGAGAUCGGUGGCGGGCCUUGGGUGUCGCCCUACCGCGCUGUGGCCGAGAUCAGAACGCCGCUCGGCCCGCUCAUGGGUCUGCCCGUCGACGUCAACGCCGUUGCCAAAAUUCUCUCACCCCUCGGCGACCUCCUCCCUGGACUCUGA